AAAUCUGCAUAUCUUGAUAACCAAAGUUGCAAAAGAAAAAUAAAAAAAUCUGAUGAUAGGGAAAUGCAUUCUGUUAACCUCCACUUAACAAUUGGUUCUGUUUAUUGGAUUGGAUUGGAGCCUUCUGUUGUGGAAUCAGUUAACACUUCAGGCAUGGCAUUGCUGUCCACCGUCCACCUGGGCCUUCCCCCUCCCGGCCGCCCGCAUCGCUUGGCCCUCGUCUCCGGGCCCUACCACUACCACCACUACGGCUGCGACGGGGUGGACGACCGGGGGUGGGGAUGCGGCUACCGUACCCUCCAGACGAUGUGCUCCUGGCUGUUGGCCGCCGGGGGAGAAGGAAGAGCCGCCCGCCGCCCGGUUCCGUCCCUGAAGGAGAUCCAGGACUCCCUGGUGAAGAUGGGCGACAAGCCUCCCUCGUUCUCGGGCUCGCGGGACUGGAUCGGCACCGUGGAAGCCGCGCUCUGCAUGGAUUGUUUUUACGAGGUGCCGGGGAAACUGCUCCACAUCCGCCUCGGAAAAGAUCUGGAAGGGGAGCUGGAGACGUUGUAUGCCCACUUUCAGGGGGGCGGGGGCCCCGUGAUGAUGGGGGGAGGCCGGGACCAUUCCUCCAAGGGGCUGCUGGGGGUCUGCUCUGGCCCCGAGGGGCACCACCUGCUCGUCCUGGAUCCACACUUCUACGGCACGGCAGGCUCGCUCAGCCGGCAGGAAGCCCAGGGGAAGGGUUGGGUUUCCUGGCGGGCGCUCGGCUCCUUUGAGGAGACCUCCUUCUACAACCUGUGUUUGCCCCAGUUCUGGGCCAGGCGCCCCCCCGUGUGAAAGAGGCGUCCCCAUGGAAGACGAGGGGAACCCUUCAUGCCCGGCGCUUCGAGCCACUUCCCGGGGACGGGCUGUGGAUGGGCGUCCCAUGCUGGGGGCCUCGACACGGGAGGAAAGGCCCGAACGGCAACUCCGGCAUCAACCAGGACGGGCUCCAGCUCCUCCGGGUGGCUUCCCUGCCUACACCCAGCAGCUUCAAGACCGAUAAAGACAGCCACCUUCUGGAGCGGCUGCUAAGUCUGCGUGGCUUCCUGUUGCCUUCCCUCUCUAGCCAGAACACCAAACCCACCCCGUUAAAGAUCAGAGGACUAAACUGGGUUUCUUUUAACCUGACCGGGAUUUGAGGAGAGUCCGUGCUGUGUGGCUGGUUUGGUUACUUGGUGCUUUCGUUGCUUUUAAGUGCGGGAGCUGCCCUCCCAGGUGGCCUCUCCCGAGAGAAGCUUCCUUUUGGCUAAAGCAAAACUUGGGC